UCGGCGCAAUUCAACUGACAUUAUUAAAAUGAAAUGGAGGGAGAAAGAAAGAGAAAAAGCGUUUUGAUCAGAGAGAGAGGUAUUUGAGAUCCUGAAGCAAGCAAAGCAUAUUCUAAAUUUGCAUCGCAAAACCCUAAUUCCAGAUCUACAUUUCUGUUCUGACACCUCACAAAUCUCGUCCCUUUUACGUCUACAGUUAUGAACGCACGUGUUUACUUUGAUUUCUUCCACAAAAGUUAAAUAGUUGAUUAAUUCCAGGCAAAAAUUUGGAGGAAAGGCAAGAUGAACAGCAUCUAACUAGUACAUACGAUGGCUGGCCCAGAGGAUCAAAAGAAAUCUGAAUGGAUAGAUAGAAUAAGAUCUGAAGGAGCCUUUCCCUUUCUUGAUCAAGAUAAGUGUUCAAAUGGUUGGGCUUCACCACCUGGAGAUGUAUUCAUGGUUAGAGGCCCUGAGUAUUUUACCACAAAGGUUAAGAUUCCAGGAAGUGACUAUCUGCUCAAGCCUCUUGGAUUUGAUUGGAUAACAAGUUCAAUGAAAAUUGGUGAGAUAUUGAAGCAUCCAAAUAGCAGAGUUCGGAAGGUCAUCGAGAACGAGUUUCCAGAUGGUGAUAGGCCUUUUGUGUGGGCAUUCAAUCUUCAACUUCCAACCAAAGAUAACUAUAGUGCUGUGGCUUAUUUUACAAACAAAGAACCUAUUGUUGAGGGCUCACUUAUGGAUAGAUUCUUGAAAGGUGGUGAUGCUUUUAGAAACUCAAGACUUAAGAUGAUUGCCAAUAUUGUUAACGGUCCUUGGAUUGUGAGAAAAGCUGUUGGGGAGCAAGCAAUAUGCAUAAUUGGGCGUGCACUUUCAUGUAAAUACAGUGUGACAGAAAAUUUCAUAGAAGUAGAUAUUGAUAUUGGAUCUUCUAUGGUUGCAUCUGCAAUAGUUCAUUUGGCGUUUGGUUAUGUGACAACUUUGACUGUUGACCUGGCUUUUCUUAUUGAGGGACAAUCUGAAUCAGAGCUUCCAGAAAAACUCUUGGGUGCAUUCAGAUUUUCUAAUCUUGAUCCUGCUUCUGCUAGAUCAAUUGAGCCAUCAUAUGUUGCCAGCACCAGUAGCUUACAAAAAUCUUUGCCAACCAGAUUGUGGAAUUCAAUUGGGAACAUUCUUCAUUCAGGUUCUCAAGAAGAUGGCUCUACUUCAAGCUCACGAAAUUCUAAAUAAAAUUGUAUAGAUGUUUUGGGUCCAAACGUACAUAUGCAGUUUUAUAACUCAAAUCCAAACAAGAGUCAUAUUUACAAAAUUAUGUUUCAAUCCAUUUCAACUAUAUGUGAAAGUAAAAAUUUAGUUUGCAAAUAUUCCCAAGUGAAGACCAAACAAGAGCUUUAUUCAGGUUUCGGUGUGCAAAUGUAAGUUGAAGGGUUUAUGAUGGCAAUCCAAACACAUACAUGAGAGAGGAAAGAAAUGAAACCUAUUCAGUUUUUAGUUCACUUAAUAGUUAGCUUGUAUUUUAAUCAAAUAUAUUAUGAUAUUUAGCUGCAGGCUUGUAAACACAAACAAUUACUAGCAUUUUGUCUUUCUUAGUUCUUACUAGUUACUACCUUCUCUUGAGUCUUGACUUGAUUACUGCA